ACUGUGAUCUGUUAACUGCAAAUCUGCAACGCAGGCCGCUAGCUAGCUAGGGCAUGCAGCUCAAGCCUACGAGUCAACGAGCAUACACAUAUCUUCAAAGCUAUCUACUUUUCUCUCAUUCUCUCAAGAAUUCUUCUCUUCCAUUUCUUGGCCAGCUCUCUCACGUACGUACGUACCUCUCUCUGAAAAGAAGCCAUAUAUGGACCGACGUCGCCGGAAACGAGCUAAUAUCUCCAGUACUUUUGAGUCUGAAGAGGUUAGUAGCAUUGAAUGGGAGGUUAUACACAUGACUGAACAAGAAGAGGAUCUCUUCUAUAGAAUGUAUAGACUUGUUGGAGAAAGGUGGGAUUUAAUAGCUGGCCGGAUUCCAGGCCGAAAACCUGAAGAAAUAGAGAGAUUUUGGAUAAUGAGACAUUGGGAAGGGGUAGCAGCUGGUCGAAGAAAAUUGCACAAGAAAGAGAGUCCCAGAUCAGUGUUUUCACUUUGAUUAAUUAAUUGUUUUGUUGUCUUUUAUUAAUUAACUUUAGCACAAGUUUUUAUUUAUUUAUUUUUUGUCGAAACUCUGAUCGUAUGAAUAUUGGAUAAUGAACAAUCUCCCGGCAUUGGCCAGUGGACCGUAUUGCAAGACAAAUAGGAACAGGCGAAUAAAUAUAGCAUAGAUACGUAAUUAUCAAACUUUGGAAUAUUCAAAGGGUUUUGCAGUGUAGUAGGACGGAAAUGCUUCAUCUUUCGAAAAAUAGCAGCAUUUUUUGUCUUCGUUGCUGUCACCAUUGCUGCUCUAACAUUAUCCUAACUGUCAAGAUUGGACUGUGUUGGGGUUUCU